CAGAAAAUGUCCACCAAAUCCUACAAUCCACGAUCGCCCCAACAUUAGAAGAUGACCACACGACUUAGAAGUACGGCCGGCGGCCCAUCCUCGCACCGGCAAUCCACCGCCGCACCACCCACGGCUUCUCAAGAACGCACCCAGUCUCGCGGGGACGAGCUGCCGCCCUACCGGAAACCCUCACAUCCGCUCGACGAGCAGGCGCAGGCGAAAUUGCAGGAGGUGUAUAAUGGCCGGACGGCGAGCAUGCUCCGGGAGCAUCAGCAGCGGGCCGCGAAGCUUAUAACCGAAUCUGCGGGGUCCAUUAAUGAUGCACUGAAGGAGCACCAGGAAUACGUAGCACGGCGGCGGAAGAAGUGGGAGCAAGGGAAGGCAGUUGAAGAACAGGAAGAGGUGGAGCAGAAGUUGGCGGAGCUGGAGGAGAAAGUAGAUAAGCAGACCACGCGCUUGGAAGAGAGCAUGCGGUCUGUGAUUGAUACCGGGGAAGCAAAUGAGAGAAUCGGCACUGCGCUGAACUGGGUUCGGAGUAAUGGCACACGGCGGAUACAGGAGGAGUAUAAUACACAGAUGAGCCAGCAACAAGGGGGAACGCAAUCACGGCACAGAGCGAGAAGGGUCGUUGAUGGUGAAGAGGAUGAUGAUGAAGCGGAUCAGCCAACUCCUGGACCAACGCCCUUGACACAGGCGAGAGCGGCUCUUACUGGCCCCAGCGAGAUGUUUACCAACCAGCUGGAGAAGCAAAAGCUAGAGUAUCAGUCUCUGCCGCACAACGCACGGUACAGCAAGCAUAACGACUACAUCGGGUUCAAGCGCAUGGUGCACGACGCAAGAUUUGGUGAAGAUGGACCGCCUUUGGCGCAUCCAGAUUCCUGGUUCACCGAGAAUGGAGCGCCGGCUCCUGGCAUCACUGUUGUAAGGACGGAUUUGGACGACGACGAUGAUAUUGUCAUAGACAAAGCAACCAUCAGCACGCGCUGUCCAAUCACUUUCCGGCAGUUCGAACACCCGUUUUCUUCGACGAAGUGCCCGCAUACCUUCGAGAAGAAUGCCGUGCUGCAGUAUAUUCGUCGCUCUACCAUCAAGAACAGUGCCGGCCAGAAGGUCAUGCAGUGUCCGGUGCCAGGUUGUGACCAGAUGAUCUCCGCUUCGGAUCUGAUCGAGGAUCUUAUCCUUAUCCGAAAGAUCAAGCGUAUGCUCGCCGCUGAACAACAGCUGGACGAAAGCGAGGCAGAAGAUGAAGGAGCAUCGCAUGAAGGCGAAGAGGGGGCAGAGCCGAUAUCAAGCGGUGCACCUGCGCGGACUCAAAGUCAGAGCCCAACUCCUCCAAUAUAAUCAUUGCAGGUCUCUG